CUCACACACGCUCUCCGCCCUGCAACAGGUAACACAAACCUACAACCACUGCUGUCCAUGUUUCUACUCCGUCACUCACUGUCUCUCUGUCAGGUUUCUCUCCGGGAUGGUCUUCUAAGCACAUUCCACUUGCUUAAGCCAAGGAUUCAGAUCUGAGGGAAGAGGUCUCAUAUAUUUUCUUCAACGGACAAAGUGGGGAAGGAACAGAGAGACAAAAGAAGACAAUACAAUGAUGGAACUCACGAUCCAGCUCAUCCCGACAGGGGAAAUCAUCCUGUCUCCGGGGAAAAAUGGAGAACACUACUGCCACAACUGCAAGGUGGUGGCUAGCGACGGGCUGCGGGCUAUGAUGGAGUCGGCCCUGACAGCCAGAGACCGAGUGGGCGUGCAGGACUUUGUCCUGUUGGAGAACUUCACUAGUGAAGCCGCCUUCAUCGAGAACCUUCGCAAGCGCUUCAAAGAGAACCUCAUCUAUACUUACAUUGGUUCAGUGCUGGUGUCCGUUAACCCAUACAAAGAUCUGGAGAUCUACACCAAGAACCACAUGGAGCGAUACCGCGGGGUCAACUUCUACGAGGUCUCGCCACAUAUCUAUGCUGUAGCAGAUAACUCGUACCGCUCCAUGAGGACAGAGAGGAAGGACCAGUGCAUCUUGAUCUCUGGGGAGAGUGGAGCUGGGAAGACGGAGGCAUCCAAGAAGAUCCUCCAGUACUACGCUGUGACCUGUCCCAUCAGUGAUCACGUGCAGACCAUCAAAGACAGGCUGCUGCAGUCCAACCCUGUGCUGGAGGCCUUUGGUAACGCCAAGACGCUGCGCAACGACAACUCCAGCCGCUUUGGCAAGUACAUGGACAUUCAGUUUGACUUCAAGGGCGCCCCAGUGGGAGGCCACAUCAUCAACUACCUGCUGGAGAAGUCCCGCGUCGUCCACCAGAACCACGGAGAAAGAAACUUCCACAUUUUCUAUCAGUUGAUUGAAGGAGGAGAAGAAGACCUGCUGAGAGGCUUGGGUCUCGAGCGGAACCCUCAGCAGUACCAGUUCCUCGUCAAAGGUAACUGUCCCAAAGUGAGCUCCAUCAAUGAUCGCAGUGACUGGAAGGUGGUGAGAAAAGCCUUGACUGUUAUUGGCUUUAACCAGGACGAUGUGGAGGAGUUGUUGAACAUCAUUGCCAGCGUGCUCCACCUGGGAAAUGUGCAGUAUGGGAGCGAGGAGGGCGGCAACGCCUGCAUCACCUCUGACACACAGAUCAAGUAUCUGGCCAGGUUGUUAGGAGUGAACGGCUCAGUGCUGACAGAGGCACUCACACACAGGAAGAUAAUUGCCAAGGGAGAGGAGCUGAUGAGCCCACUGAACCUAGAGCAAGCGUCAUCUGCCCGAGAUGCUCUGUCCAAGGCAGUGUAUGGACGCACCUUCACCUGGUUGGUCAACAAGAUCAACACCUCGCUGGCUUGUGCACAGGACGACUCCUGCAAGAAUUACUCAGUCAUUGGUCUGCUGGACAUCUACGGCUUUGAGGUCUUCCAGAACAACAGCUUUGAGCAGUUCUGCAUCAACUACUGUAAUGAGAAACUGCAGCAGCUCUUCAUUGAGCUCACCCUCAAGUCAGAGCAGGAGGAGUAUGAAGCCGAGGGCAUCACGUGGGAGCCAGUGCAAUACUUCAACAACAAGAUCAUCUGUGACCUGGUGGAGGAGAAGUUCAAAGGCAUCAUCUCCAUUCUGGAUGAGGAGUGUCUGAGACCUGGAGACGCCAGUGACCACACCUUCCUGGAGAAGCUGGAGGACACUGUGGGAGGACACGCGCACUUUGUCACUCACAAACUGGCCGAUGGAAAGACCAGGAAGAUCAUGGGUCGUGAUGAAUUCAGACUGCUGCAUUAUGCUGGAGAGGUCAACUACAACGUCAACGGAUUUUUGGACAAGAACAAUGAUCUGCUCUUCAGGAACUUAAAGGAGGUGAUGUGUAUGUCAGAGAACAAGAUCCUGAACCAGUGUUUCGACAGAGAGGAGCUCAGUGACAAGAAACGUCCUGACACGGCAGCCACCCAGUUCAAAGCAAGUCUGGCGAAACUCAUGGAGAUCCUAAUGUCCAAGGAGCCGUCAUACGUCCGCUGCAUCAAGCCCAACGACGCCAAACAAGCAGGUCGAUUUGAUGAGGUGCUGAUACGUCACCAGGUCAAGUACCUGGGACUGAUGGAGAAUCUGAGGGUGAGGAGAGCCGGCUUUGCUUACAGACGACGCUACGAGGUUUUCCUGCAGAGGUACAAGUCUCUGUGUCCGGACACGUGGCCAAACUGGCAGGGGAAACUGGCCGAUGGAGUGGCCACCCUGGUCAAACACCUGGGAUACAAGCCAGAGGAGUACAAACUGGGCAGAUCCAAAAUCUUCAUCCGCUUCCCAAAGACCUUGUUUUCCACGGAGGAUGCACUAGAGACCAGGAAACACAGUCUGGCCACCAAGCUACAGGCAGGAUGGAGAGGCUACAGCCAGAAGUCCAAAUACCAGAAGCUCCGAACUGCAGCUAUUGCCAUCCAGGCCUGGUGGAGGGGAAUCCUGGCCAGGAGGAGAGCCAAGCGCAGACGUCAGGCUGCCGAUACCAUCCGCAGGUUCAUCAAGGGCUUCAUCUACCGCCACAAGGAGCGCUGUCCAGAGAACGAGUAUUUCCUGGACUACGUUCGCUACUCGUUCCUCAUGAAUCUGCACAGGAACCUUCCCAAGAACGUGAUGGACAAGAGCUGGCCCGUUCCUCCAGCCGCUCUCACUGAGGCAUCGGAGCAUUUGCGUAAGCUGUGCAUGCAGAACAUGGUGUGGAGCUACUGCAAGAAGAUCAGUCCAGAGUGGAAACACCAGAUGGAGCAGAAGAUGAUUGCCAGUGAGAUCUUCAAGGACAAGAAGGACAACUACCCACAGAGUGUGCCCAAACUCUUUGUCAGCACCAGACUCAAUGGAGAGGACAUCAAUGCCAAGGCUCUGCAGGCUCUGGGCAGCGAGAAGAUGAAGUACGCGGUGCCCGUCACCAAGUACGACAGGAAAGGCUACAAAGCUCGGCCCCGUCAGCUGGUCCUCACCGGGAACUGUGCCGUCGUUAUAGAGGAGGCCAAAGUCAAGCAGCGCGUUGACUACACUUCUCUGAAAGGGAUCUCCGUCAGCUCUCUGAGCGACGGCCUCUUUGUUCUGCAUGUUCCCAGCGACGACAACAAACAAAAGGGAGACGUCGUUUUGCAGAGUGACCAUGUGAUCGAGACCUUGACCAAGAUCGCAAUCUGCGCCGAGAAAGUCAACAGCAUCAACAUCAACCAGGGCAGUAUUAAGUUUACAGCAGCUCAGGGCAAAGAGGGAAUCAUAGACUUCACACCGGGAUCAGAACUACUGGUGGCCAAGGCAAAGAAUGGACACUUGUCUGUGACGGCUCCCAGACUCAACUCCAGAUGAUGGCCACUCUGACCACACACACACACACACACACACACACACACCAGGACCGUCGUACUCCUGACCUCUCCCAUCCUCCAGACCCUGCUCUACCUAAGCCAAUCAGAUGCCAGCUGUCACUGCACAGGUGUCACAUGCUUCCAAUUAAAAAAAAAAAAAGAAAAGAAAAAAAAAAAUCCAGCAAAACUAAUCAAUAUAUUUAUGUUUAUAUAUUAUAUUUUUGGGGAUUAAUACUGUUGCUGUUUGAAUAUUCUGAUUUUUAUAUGUGAGGCCAAGGAAUAACAGAUAUUUUUGGUGCGUUUUUCAUGCGCCGCGCGUGUAUUUUGUGCUUUAUUUCGUGGGAACAUGACCAAGAAAAUGACGAGGGAAGAGUCUGAAGUCGAGACACGAAUGAGGAGGAGAUUAUUGUUGUUUGUUGUUUGUCGUCAUUUCCUUUUCCUGCUUUACUAGAAGACGUGAUUGUCUCGCUCACGCUGUACUUGUCUAACUGUGAGGUGAAUGACGUGUCACACAAGUGUGAAGGUGUGUCAGUAUGUAGAGCUGUGGAGACGUUCAGGGACGAGGACAUUUCAGUUCAAUGGUCACGUGGAGUCGGACUGGCUCACUACAUGGACAUCACUAGUUGGUCGUACUACUGGAUGGAUUUGAUAGAUUUGUAUAGAAGAUCACAAAGUGAUUCACUACAUUAAAGAGAGGUUUUUUAAAGUGUAUUUGAGCUCGGGGACACAGAACUAAAGCAAUAAAAUGCUCGUCCUCUUAAAUCUGCGACAUCUUAAGAAUAUGUUUCCUGACUGGAGAGUGAAGUUUGUGUUGCUUUGUAAACCGCUCACGUCCCUCACACCAAACCCCGUAAAGUAAAUCAGUUCAUUUAUCACGGCUCACUGGAGCUGUUGAUCCACUGCUGCCUCCAUGGGUAAGUGUAAAUGUGUUGUUUUUUAUGAGUUUGGUGUUUCAAACUGAUAAAACAGAGGCAGCAGCAGCAGCAGCAGACCUGCAGCCCCUGUGUCCUCGUAAGCUAAAAACACUGAUUUUCUCUGUGGACUCUGGUGUGAGAGAGUGAGAGAGUGCACAAACGUUAGUUUUUAGUCAGAAAAGAAGUCUAAUGUUGAGAUAAAACAACAAACAUAUUUGUAGGUACAGUCUUAAAGCUCCAGUGUGUAACGUUACUUACUGCAGCUUUAAUCAGGCAUAGAUUUUAACUGUCAAGCCUUUUGAUAAGAGGCUAAAAUCUAGUUUUCAGUGAGAGCUCAAGCGUGUUUGCAUAUAUUGUGUCGGCACCUCAUACAGCCACACGUUAAAAAAAACCCGAAAAUAUCCCUUUAAAAUAAUCAACGUAUUCUCUGAAAACACUGCAAAAAAGAACAAAGAAAGUGAGGAGGUGUGAGAGGAAGAGGACAUGAGAAGGACUUGUGCAAAGAAAGAUGGACGCAGCGUCAUUUGCCUCAACACCAGGUGUUUGUGCCUUUGUCUUGUCUGGACUGAUUUCUUUCUAACUUCUAACAACGUCUGAACAGCUUCUCAUCACCUGAUGCACGAGUGAAUGGAGGUGAAUGUAGAGAGGAAAGCUGCAUCCCUGUGUGUUUCCUCCGCUCUUCCCAUCAUCCUCGCUGCUUCUAACCUGACCUGCCUGCUUUCAGUCUCUGUGGUGACUGGUGGUGCAGCUUCCUCUGACCAGGCUCUGACCAAUGUUUUCCAUUAAAUUUCACCUGAGACCAUCAUUUCCUUUGUUUAUUAUCGCAUGUAUGUCAAUAGUUUUUUUACAUUUGUACGCCAGUGAGACAGAGCUGAGACCAUAACGUGAUUUAGAAGAGGGCAAAGGCAGAGGAUAAAGAGUCAUGGGUCACGACCUUUCUUAAAAGAAAUAGUUUUAGAUCCAGUCGGGAGAUGAUUAGCUUUGGUUUAAGUGUCCAGUGUGUAAGAAUUAGUGACAUCUAAUGGUGAGACAACAGAAUGCAACAGACAGAGGACUCACCCCUCCAUUUCCUAAUCACGUCAGGGAACUACGGUGGCCUUCACACACCAGAAAGGAUGUAAACAACUCUCCCACUCUCAGGUUUAUGUGGAUGGAGUCAUUCUUUUUUAGCGACGUAAGCUUCCAUUUCAAAAAAGCAAAAAAAUAAGUUCUGGUUGGUGUGAGAGAGUGGGGGAGUGUCUUAGAAUUCCUCAUGGGGGCAAAAUAAGUGUUGUAAUGCACCUUUAAAACAGGGGUCUCAUACUCAAACCACCUGGGGCAACGAGUGUCCGAUCUGGACAUGAGGGGACAAUAGUUCAACUAUGUGGUAAAUUAACUUAAAAUGAUAUCACAAUAUUCCAUCACAAUAACGCAAUAACAAUAUUCAUGAUGACAUUCCACAGACUUUCAAAGUAAAAGUGUUACAGACUUCACAGUUGACAAUAAAUAAAAGCAUUUAUGAUGCAAAAAUCACAAAUUAAAUAAUAUUAAAACAUGCUUAUAAAUAUAUAUGUGUAUAUAUCAUUUUAUGUUAAAUACAUGUAAAAGUGUGACAUUACCUGAGCUAAUAUUAUUAUUAUUAU